AUGAGCUCCUAUAAAUACUGCCAAGCCGGCAGCUGCAGUUCCACAGACAGCGCAACAUCAAAAAGCACUGCAGCAACAAUUCACAGCGAACGCCUCGCCCCUAAACCAAAAGACAGCGACUGGAUCACAGAAUCAAGUCAGAGGCAUUCAUAUAGGACCGAGGUAGAGCCCGAGUACGAGUGCAGAGAGCCCCGACAGCCUCGACCCCGCUCCUCAACCUCAACCUAUGCAUCAACAACAAAUUCCGCCGCAGACCUUGAAGCAGAGCAGCAAGCCGUGGCCGAUGACCCCUACGAUGGUCGCUACUGCGUUAACGAGCGGGAGGAAUUCUUCCCAAUGAACGCACUUCCCUCAACACCUUCUUCCUUCGCUCCUCUCUUCCCAUCUUCACGCAGGCUGCUUAUCCGCCACGACGACGCAACUAUCGACGGCAAUAUGAAUCUGCGCGUCGACACGCCCGUACAUCUGCGCGACGGGUCCCAGCGCGAUAUCAUCCUCUUCCAUUUGCGCAUGUAUGAUCUCCUCUCGCGGAAAUUCUCGUUCCGUCGGUAUUGCCGAGAUUCCGGACGGGAGGUAUGUCAUUCUGCCCGCAAAGAACGUGUUCCCGCCCACGCGCGUAGGUCCUCAACGGGCAAGUCGUGGAGUAAUGUGCUUGCUGGGUUAAGGCCCGGUUCUUCGAAUGGGCAUUGUGCGCAUGCGGAGCUCCAGCGACAAAACUCCGGAACAGGGAGGAUUGGACAUUUGAGGACGGAGGGAGAGAAUCAAAACCAUGAAAUUGACUCUGAAGAAGGGCAAAGUGCCUCCCCGAUUCUGGGGGAGACAAUUUUGCUGGAGUUUUCAAAUUACGCGCAUGUUGAGUUGCGUCGCAAGGGUCCGGGGACAACGAAGAAAUACGAGUUCGAGUAUUGGUCCACGAAGUAUCAGUGGCGUCGUGAGAUCCGCAAAGAGGGGGAUCUGCAGGAAACCAUUGCGCAUUUGGUGCCAGAUACGCUGGCGCCGUUGGAGGUUGUUGAGGAGGAAAGUAAGGGUGGUUGGGUGCCGCCUUGUUCGUUGUGGAUUAGUGAUCCUGACGUUUACAAGAACAUGCAUGAUAUUGCUGAUGUGAUUGUGGCAACGGGGCUAGUGGCGCUAGUUGACGACUGCAUUCGUCGUCGCUGGCCUCAUGAGCGGCGUCCGUCGUGGAUCCUGCCUGCCCAGCAUCAGCUGGCAAAGAGCCUGGAGCGCAUGGGCCCUCGACGCCUGAUCGGUCAGGUACUCCAGCGCAGAGGAUCUGCUUAA